GUAAAACUCUGCGAUUUCGGUUUUGCAAGAAUUAUUGGGGAGAAAUCAUUCCGCCGUUCUGUGGUGGGAACCCCGGCCUAUCUUGCUCCCGAAGUGCUCUGUAAUAAAGGUUUCAAUCGUUCGCUAGACAUGUGGAGCGUUGGUGUAAUCGUAUAUGUUAGCCUCUCCGGCACCUUUCCUUUUAAUGAAGACGAGGAUAUUGUGGAUCAAAUCCAAAACGCUGAAUUCAUGUAUCCUCCAAAUUUGUGGAAAGAGAUUGGCAAUAGUGCCAUCGAAUUCAUCAAUGGCCUGUUGCAAGUGAAAAUGAGCAAACGAUUUACGGUCUCGAAAGCUUUAGCACAUAUUUGGAUGCAGCAUAGUUUAAUUUCUACCAUUACAGCCAUCGAAUUCAUCAAUGGCCUGUUGCAAGUGAAAAUGAGCAAACGAUUCACGGUCUCGAAAGCUUUAGCACAUAUUUGGAUGCAGGGAUACGAACUUUGGUCAGAUCUUCGUUGCCUCGAGAAAACGGUCGGUGAACGUUUUUUAACGCACGAAAGCGACGAUGCAAGGUGGAGCGAAUUCGAAAAGAAUCACAAUCUGACUCCUGUGUAUGUCUAG